AAGUUGCAUACUUUUUGUUGUUACGAGUCCAAAUCAUGAAUGAAGUCAAUUGAGUGAAGUCAUGGAUGAAGUCAUAAUAAUAAAGUGGCUACAUUUAUUCCAAUCUCAUUCUGUCAUUCAUUAUUCAUAUAAAGGUUCUUUUUUCCCAGUAAAGUUUGCAUUUGAAGUGGGUUAGGAUUAUCAUCAGCUUUCUCAGUACAGAGGAGAGAGAAAAUCAAAGAGAUUGAUACUAAAAAUGGCGGAAGUGAGGAAGAUGAAGUUGGGUUCACAAGGUUUGGAGGUUUCAAUUCAAGGGUUUGGAUGUGCAGGAUUAGUUCGACCCCCAAAACCAGAAAAUGAGAUGAUUGCACUAAUUCACCAUGCCAUUAAUUCUGGCAUCACUUUUCUUGAUACUGCUGAUAUUUAUGGCCCAUUUACUAGUGAAAUUCUUGUGGGCAAGGCUCUAAAAGGAGGGAUGAGGGAGAAGGUGCAAUUGGCGACCAAAUUUGGGUUUAAACGUGUUAAUGGUGAGAUGGAGGUACAGGGUGAUCCUGCCUAUGUGAGGGAAGCUUGUGAGGCUAGCUUGAAGAGACUUGAUGUUGAUUGCAUAGACCUUUAUUAUCAGCAUCGUGUUGAUACUCGUGUUCCAAUUGAAGUCACAAUGGGAGAACUUAAAAAGCUGGUUGAAGAGGGAAAGAUUAAGUAUGUUGGUCUAUCAGAAGCAUGUGCUGUGACAAUCAGGAGGGCUCAUGCCGUCCACCCUAUAACAGCUGUGCAGAUGGAGUGGUCAUUGUGGACACGAGAUUUAGAGGAAGAAAUAGUGCCUACCUGCAGAGAACUUGGCAUUGGGAUUGUUGCAUAUAGCCCGCUAGGACGUGGAUUCUUUUCUGUAGGGCCUAAGGUGGUCGAAAGCUUCAACGAAGGGGAUUACAGAAAGAAUAUACCGAGGUUCCUGCCUGAAAACCUUGAGCAUAACAAACAUGUUUUUGAACGGGUGAGCGAAAUGGCAGCAAGGAAAGGGUGCACUGCAUCACAGCUCGCUCUUGCUUGGGUUCAUCAUCGUGGGGGCGACGUUUGUCCUAUCCCAGGCACAAGCAAGCUCAACAAUCUGGACCUAAACAUUGCAGCCUUGUCAGUGAAACUUACACCUGAUGAUUUAGCUAAACUCGAGUCUUUCGCGUCAGGUGAUAAUGUGAAGGGUGAUAGAAUAUGGACCAAAACCUUUUCUUGGCUGGACUCUGAUACUCCACCUUUAUCUUCUUGGCAAACAUCAUGAACCAGACCAUUGUAGGAAUGGAUGUUUUCAAGUACUCUGACCUUGAUGGCAAUAUAUAGAGAGAGUUUUUCAGUUGUAUCAGUAUAUCUUACUUUUAUAAUUUGUAACACUACCCCUGUUUUAUAUAAUUUGCUAGUGAAGUAUAGUGUUUCAAACUAUAUAAUAAUUCAUAUUUCACUUGUUUAA